AUGGCUGGUGUAGCGGAAACUUUAGAUACAGAUCCUAUGCCCGGAUCAAGUGACAAAAGGGAAUCCUUGAGAACAAAUAAAUCUAAUGGUAAGUGUCAAAUCUGGUACCAUAAUAUUAAAGUUUGAGAUCUCAAAUCAAACUUCAACAUUAUGAUGCCAUCCCAAUAUUUUCGCUUCUGCAUUCUCAGUUACUGCUUUUUUAAACCAAAACACACUAUUUCCUUUGUUCGUACCUUUUGCUAGUGUAUGAAUGGAUGACAGCGCACAUUCGCUCGUGCAUACAGCAAAAAUGUUAUAAAUAUAUGUAUUUCUUAUUUCCUGAAAUAUGUUUCUUAUUUCCUUUUAUCAUUAACUCGGGAUAACUGAUAAAUCUUUCGCAUUAUUUUGGUGUAUUUGCCCGUCUGAAGGGUAGACGUCUCUCCUUUUGCUUGUAAUUAACCUUCUUGAGGUCGUCACUGUUUUGCCCUUUUUUAUAGUUAACAUCGUACCUUACCGAUUACACUAGAGAUGCAAAAUAAAAAAAGCUGAACAAAUUCUGAGCUUUCUUACAACUAAUGUUAAUGUCACUUACGCGUGCAACGAAGUGAAUGGGGAAUAGUUUACAGUGAAACUACGGUCAAGUCGUUAGCAUGCAAUCUGUUUAUUUAGUAUCCCACAAACUUAAGCUUAUAUUGAAAAGUUUGGUCCAUAUUGCCUGUAGCUUACACAGAUUUAUUUGUAUCCAGUGUUUGAAGAAUAUUGAAACAGAUUGAAAUUAGGGUUUUUGAAAACUGUUCAUGUUUGCAACUUCAAAAAUAAUGCUCAGAAGACAGUCAUAUUAAUGUUUGUCUCGAAUCUCUGACUUUGUAGUUUCUUUGCUUACUUUAAGUUCCAAUAGCAAUUGAGGGCGAGUAAUUAGCAUAAUUAAACAAAAUGAUCUGGACUGCCAUCACAGAGCCCCUUUAAUUCUCUCUGCAAAAAUUUUUGCUCGCUUUGUUAUUCACCGGUCAUGGUAUUCUUGUAGUGAAGAUGAUGUAUUAUGAUUUAGCACUUAUCUUCUCUCCUGCAUCUUAAUUGCCUAUAUCUUAGAUCUAUGAUGCACUUUUCAGAUUAGUUUUUCUCUUGUAUUAUAAUUAUUUUCCAAGUUGUAGGAUGGCAAGGUUCGAUGUCCCACUAUGUAGCAUUGCGUACCUACAUGUAUUUUGUUAUGUACAUGCUGUAACCCCCUGUGCAGGAGUAUAGACUACUUAGAGCCUCUUGUUAUUAUUAUUAUUGUUAAUUAUUAAUUAUUAUUAUUAUCAUUGCUAUUAUUAUUACUGGUAAUACUGAUAAAUAUUUUGUUCCUUGUCAUGUUUAUAUUUUUAAUUUUUCAGGGGAUACACAAAAACUGAAUGUAGUACUUGCUUCUAAUGCUGAUGGAUGGGACAAGAUGACAAAUGGAGAAUUAGAAAAAGAACUGGCUCACAAUGAGAGAAUCAAACUAAGUGGAUUUGUGCCAAAACACACUGAGAAACAUAAAGCACUGGCUACUGACUUAAACAUUAAACUUUUUGAUGCAAAAUUCAUUUCUGGGUAUUCAGAAACAGAGCUGCUAGCCCAUCCACCUGAUGAUUUGAAAAUUGAUGUUUUGAUGAUGCAUUGUUAUGGAUUUAAUGUAGGACGACAAGCACAGGUUAUAAAAGAUAACAAAAACUGUAUAUGGGCUAUUGUUGUGCAUACAAUCUGUGAGGAACUGGAGAAAUACUUAAAGAAAACACAGUCAAGUGAACAAUCUGAAGAACAACCAUCUGCAGAGCAUGAGCUACAGGUGACAUUGUGUGAAAAAGCUGAUCUUGUCAUUGCUGUGGGCCCUAAAGUUGCAGAAGCCUACAAGGCUGCAUUGAGCUACUGUGGGAAAGAGGGAAAUGUUUUUACCCUAACACCUGGAAUUUCAGAAAAAUACUCAAGUAUCAAUUGGCAGUGUGAGAAUGCUGCAAGUGAAAAUUUCCGUGUACUAGUCAGUGGUUCCACCAAGUAUUUCCAUGUCAAGGGAUGUGACAUUGCAGCUCGUGCUAUCAGUGUACUGCAGGAUGCAUCAUAUCAUCUGAUACUUGUUGCACAGCCUAAAGAUGAUGAUGAUGAGCUUUAUGAAGCCAUGCAAAAGGAAGAAAUAAGUUUAAAUCAGCUGACCAUUCGUCAUUGCUCGGCUGGGGACACAGAAACAUGGUUUAAAUAUCUUCAUGAAGUAGAUGUUCUCAUCAAGCCAUCAAGAACGGAAGGCUUUGGAAUGAGUGGUCUCCGUGCCAUUUCAGCCAAUGUUCCUGUUCUGAUCAGUGGAAAUACUGGGCUAGGUAUGACCCUCAAUACAUUAAAAUNAUUUCUGGGUAUUCAGAAACAGAGCUGCUAGCCCAUCCACCUGAUGAUUUGAAAAUUGAUGUUUUGAUGAUGCAUUGUUAUGGAUUUAAUGUAGGACGACAAGCACAGGUUAUAAAAGAUAACAAAAACUGUAUAUGGGCUAUUGUUGUGCAUACAAUCUGUGAGGAACUGGAGAAAUACUUAAAGAAAACACAGUCAAGUGAACAAUCUGAAGAACAACCAUCUGCAGAGCAUGAGCUACAGGUGACAUUGUGUGAAAAAGCUGAUCUUGUCAUUGCUGUGGGCCCUAAAGUUGCAGAAGCCUACAAGGCUGCAUUGAGCUACUGUGGGAAAGAGGGAAAUGUUUUUACCCUAACACCUGGAAUUUCAGAAAAAUACUCAAGUAUCAAUUGGCAGUGUGAGAAUGCUGCAAGUGAAAAUUUCCGUGUACUAGUCAGUGGUUCCACCAAGUAUUUCCAUGUCAAGGGAUGUGACAUUGCAGCUCGUGCUAUCAGUGUACUGCAGGAUGCAUCAUAUCAUCUGAUACUUGUUGCACAGCCUAAAGAUGAUGAUGAUGAGCUUUAUGAAGCCAUGCAAAAGGAAGAAAUAAGUUUAAAUCAGCUGACCAUUCGUCAUUGCUCGGCUGGGGACACAGAAACAUGGUUUAAAUAUCUUCAUGAAGUAGAUGUUCUCAUCAAGCCAUCAAGAACGGAAGGCUUUGGAAUGAGUGGUCUCCGUGCCAUUUCAGCCAAUGUUCCUGUUCUGAUCAGUGGAAAUACUGGGCUAGGUAUGACCCUCAAUACAUUAAAAUAUGGACCAGAGUUUGUCGUGGAUUCUGAAGACCCCCAGGCUUGGGCUGACAAGAUAAGGGCAUUCAGGGACAUGGAACCAAAGGCACUUCGCUCAAAAGUUGGAAAACUGAAAAAGGAAUACAUGAUAAAAUAUAAGUGGAAGGAACAAUGUGAAAAGCUGGUGGACAGAUUUUUUGAUAUGGUCCAUGGCCAGUAA